GUCACCGCAGUUUUACUAUUGACAACAUAAGCAGAUUUUUGGAAAGAAACCUGUAGUUUGAUAUCACUUAUUUUGUCCUGAUUUCUUUAUAUUGUCACUCAACAAAUAACUCAUUAUGCCACACAGUAUCUUACUUGUUCAGCCAAACCGUCAUGACAGCAGAACCUAUGCAGAUUACGAAGAAGUUGAAGAGUGUAUGGAAGGAGUGUGCAAAAUAUUUGAAGAACAUUUAAAGAGGUCAAACCCAACCAGUCCAUCAAUCACCUAUGACAUAAGUCAGCUGUUUGACUUCAUUGAUUCAUUACAAGACCUUGUUUGCUUAUGUCUUGAUACAAAGUCAGGAAAGUAUGAACCUCACAACAAGGAAUGGGUUAAAGAAAAGAUCUAUGUGAUGCUUCGGAAACAAGCAGGAAAAUGAAGGAUGUCUUAUUCACCUGAACAUUAAAAGUUAUAACAUACGUCGAUAGUGAGACACAUACUAUAAUGUAUCAAAGCUGUACUUGUAAAAUAUUUUUAUUAGUUAUAAAUAUCCAUUUGGGUUGUUAUGAUGGCAUUACUAUAUUUAUAUAGGUCAGGAAGUUUAGUAAAGGACACUAGCAAGAGUGCGAGGGUGAUUUUUAUAUA